AUCUUUUGUUGCAGCUGCAGAAGGAUAGUGGUGCAAGAAAAAUGGUGUCGCUGCGUCCCCUGCUUCAACGACGCCUUCUCUCCACCACCGCCUCAAAAAACCCUCACAACCACCGAAACUGCAAUAACAAUCGAAUUCGCAGCCAGAAAUGGGCCAUAAAGCAGGUGACGAAGUCCAAUUUCUCGGACUCUGUAGAGGAGUUAAAGAACCACAUCUCCAGCUCUGAUUUCGUGGCUGUGUCGUUGCGGAAGACUGGGUCCUUUUCUGCCCCGUGGCACCGGGUUUCCCCUUUCGACGCGCCAGAAACCGCCUAUUUUAAGGCCAAGUACGCCGCCGAGCGCUUCCAGAUUCUUCAGUUCGCUGUGUGCCCGUUUUCCAUUAGGGCCGAUAAACUCAUCGCCCACCCAUAUAAUUUCCAUUUGUUCCCUAGGGACGAACUGAGGACAGGGAUGCCAUCUUAUAGCUUUUCUUGUCAAACAUCUCAUUUGAUGUCCAUGGCUCGAGAAGGUCUUGAUUUUAAUACCUGCAUAUAUGAUGGCAUAUCAUACUUAUCUAGAGCUCAGGAGACUGCAGCAAAAGUUAGGACUGGGAAUCCUCAACGUGCAAGUCAUGUGAUAGAAUCUACAUCAACUCCCUCUGUUGCCGAUUCAGUUUUCAUUGAAAGGAUAAAAUCACGUGUUAAGCAUUGGAAAAAUGCUUGUAAAAACUCUGGUACAAGUGUGGAUGGUAAGAAUAUGCAGGUGUUAAUUCUUCAAUCACCAUGUUUACUCUCAUUUUCUGUCCAACUUUUAAUUUAUUUGCUUUUCAUUUUAGAUGUCCUCUUGAUUUCCAUGAGAAAACUCUUGUUGGGAAGCGAAAAUUAUGGAUCAAGGCCAUCUAUGACUAUUGAUGUUUGCAGUGAACGUCAAGUGCAACUUGUGUUAGAGAUGUUGCAAGGAUUUUUUGAUGAACUUGUUCCUUUAAUAAUCCCGGCAAAGGGUGGAGGGACCCAGGCAGUUCGUGUUGUCUUGACGAUCUCAAAAGAGGACAAGGACCUUCUGGAGAGUGAGCUUCGAGAUCUUGAAGAGGAACAAACCAAGAAGGUUCGUGGCUUUCGUGAGGUGAUCGAUUUGAUUUCGGCUUCCCAGAAACCUGUUGUCUCCCACAAUUCUCUUAAUGAUUUUACAUUUAUUCACUCAAAAUUCCUUGCUCCCUUGCCUUCCAACAUGGAUGAGUUCAAGUCUUCCCUGCGCUCAGUUUUCGGCCAUGUGCUUGAUGUGAACCAUCUGAUGAGAGAAAUUGGAAGUCUAGGAAAAGUGUCAAGUAUACCUGCAGCUAUAUCCUACCUGAGGAAUCGAUUUUUUUUACCGACUAAUGUGGAGGUUCCCCAACAAGUAAUGUCAACAGAAGACAAGAUUCUUGGGACUCGUGUUGUGUGGCUUUGUCAAUUGUUCACAAAGCUAUGCUCCAUACUAAAAAUUGAUCUGAAUGCUGUUCGAUUUGGUAAUGAUUCACAGCUUGUAAGUUAUGCGAACAUCUUCAAUGCAUGUUUCACCAACUCCCAAGAAUCAACGGAUGGGGAUAUUAGAGUUUGGAGCAACAGCCGAAAAAAAGUGAGUUCCAAGGAUUUGAUUUUCUUGUGGGGCUUUAGGAAUGGGAUUACGGCAGGAAUGUUGAAAAGCAUGUUGCAAGGAUCCCAUGAGGUUUUCUCCGAGGAAUUCAAUGUUCGAUUAGUGGAUAAGAGCUCUGCCAUUGUAGUAUUCUGGCAACCUGGUUUAUCUGAAACUUUCCUGGAUGCCAUGAAAAGUUUUGAGCUCAGUGAACCAUUAAGGGAGAUGGUUUCAGAAGGCCUAAGAGCAUCUGGGUACGAGAUUUACAUGAAAGCAUGUAGUCUGCAUUUACGGGAGACAAAUUUAGCCGAUUCUUUGGAAAAAGCCUUGGUAUGCCAUGACUCAGAGACUGCUCCGGGAAUAAAACCGUCGGAGAUUCAGUGGAGUGAGAUGAUGAUUGACUUUGAUAACCUUUGAGGUUAAAUGGCCAAUGUCUGGAAUAUGAACAUUAUGUUGCUUUAACCUUCAAGCUGGACGGAACAUAGAAUUGUUCUUCCAGUCUUCCAGAUCCUGAAGCAACUUCAAGUAAAUUGGAAGCUCACUCUCCCCCUCAGAAAGUCAACUUGUGUGAAUUUGUGGAUGGGCUUUACCCUGCAUGGAACUUGCCAAACCCAACAGCUUGAAAGCUCUGGCUCUAGGAAGUGACGGGCUUGAACUGGAUGAAGGCUGGUCAUGUUGACUCUGCAUAGAAUCCAUAGAUGAUACAAAGCUAGACUGGCCAAUCAUUGGCCCCAUUUUGUUUUGUUUUGCUGUUCAUUAUUUUUUGGCCGGUAUGGCUGUACGAUUAUUUACUUUGGAGCUGCCAUGCCAAGCAAAUUUAGCCGGAAAAGGGGUAAAGGAUUAGAGAUCGUGUAAACCUUGAUGUGGUUGUGUUUGUGUGGUUAUUGUUCUGAUGUACUCUGGUUUGUCGUACUCUGAAUGGCAUGGUCUGGUAUAUCUUGGUGUAUUGAUUUCUGUAGUUAGUAUUAGUUUUGCCUAUGAAUAUGUCAAAAUAGUUUUGUACA